UCAUAUUUGGCCGUACAUGUUUGGCGAUCGCAUACUUGGGGUCGCUAUGCGAGGCCAUGCGUUCCAUGCAUGGCAUUCGCAGUGGCCACUUGGAAUGUUCCUCGGCAGUGCGGAGGGCACCCGCCGCGCCCAAGGAGACGUUGGAGGAAGAGGAACAGGGUGAGAACUGGAACCUCAUCGUCAUCGUCAACGGCUACAAUGCCCAGAGCGGCAGCACGACGGAGCUUUUGGCUGCGAAUCUCUGCGAAGCCAGCUAUGGAGCAGAGAAGAAGUCCUUGAUCGUGGUGCUGGAAAGUAACAUCGGAAGUGGCUCCGUGGAGCCUGUCGAAGCGCAGGGCCUCCGAGGAGCCAAGGAGAUUAAUCGCCUGGUGCAACAGAAUCGUCAGCACGGCCGUAUCUUUUCGGGCUAUUCCUUGGUUGGCCAUUCCUUGGGUGGCUUAGUGGCCCGAGUCAUCGCUGUCCAUGUUGACCUCACGCCGCGCGUUUUUGUCUCGCUGUUUACUCCACACGCGGGAGUGGGCACCUUCGUCGCGAAGCGAGUCAUGCCGCCUCUUUUGAGCAUCACAGGCAUUGACAAAGGAGCAGUGAAGGAGACCUUGGAGCAAGUGAGCAACAAGAGCGUCUUGGUGCGACUGGCCCAGGGAGAAUACCUCAAAGCCUUCACGUCCUUUGAGAAACGUGUGCUGUACGGCUCCCCAGCUGAUUGGUUGGUGGAUUUCGGCAGCGCCAUUUUGACGCAGAUCAACGAGCUCCAGCCGUCGGCGAGUGGCAUGGAGAUUGAUGAUGAGUAUCCCUUGCUGCACAUUCGGAGUUUUAAGCAGCCGCCCAGUGCUUGCGAUGACGACACGGUGGACUGGUCCAUAUAUCGACCAGAGAAGCACUCGCAGAAGGACAUGACUCCGGCGGAAUCCUGGGAACUGACGCGGCAUCUGGCGACCCAGCUGGGGUCCUCCUUUGCGUUGCCACGCGGAAGCAAGUGCUCCGUGAGUGCGGACUAUUGCGCCUCGGGCCUGGAAUGUCGUCGAGAGCUGUGUCAAGCUAAGCUUCUGCGGACGGAAGACUGCGCGGGGGACUCCCGCGAAGUCUGUGAGUAUCUGAUAGUUGCCAUCAACGACAUCCUGGAGCGAUUCACGGUCAUUGUGACCAGCAGUGGUGGAGGUGGUCACUUGGUUGCGGCCAAAAACUUGCAGGAGACCCUACUGGAGCAGGCAGACGUGGACUUCGAGGACCUGGAGUCCGUCCUGAACAGCCAGGGCCACGUCUUGACAGCUGAAGCCAAGGCGCAGGCGGAGGCGGCCAUCCAACACGUGCGCGGCGGCAAACCCCCGCUGGAGAUGCUGGACCUGAUGGAGUCGGAGUGCACCACGGUUUUUGGCGUCGCCUUGGGGGACUGGAUGUCGGAGCAGUGGAACCGGCGGCAACGCGCCGGCGACAUCGCGGGGCUGAAGCAGCUGGUCGCUCAGCAACCCUGGACGCAGAGUAUUUUCGGGCAGAGCUGCAGAACCUAUAUGACAGCCGUCUGUGACGGCAUGAAUUCUCAUGGCCUCCCCGUAACGAGGCUCUACACCACUCAGCCAUUGCUGCUGCAAUCUCUGUUGGACGCCUGCAGUUCCAAAGUGCAGGUGGACUUGUUCAUGACAGAUCUGCCGACCACAGAGGCAGUGCAUUUCUUUCAGCCAUUGAAACGUCUUGAAGCAAAGCUCUCAUCAGUUUGGCGACGGAAGUUCUAUUUGCACUCGCUGCCGCCACCAGCAGGAGGUCGACAAGAAUUGGCGAGGCUUUCAGGUGUGCCGCAGGGCCAGAUCUACUUGGAACAGUUCAUGCCGGUGAACCGAGCCUUUACGAAACCAACAGCGUUGCCGCAACCUGGUGAAAUGUUUGCGCUGAAGUUCAAGGCUCAGUUGCCUCUGGAGGAAGACUUUCUGAGGCAACUGGGCAAUCCACUGCUUCUGCAACCCCAGGACGAGGUGAUCUUGGUCAUGUUGGGCUCCCAACCAACGGCCAGUGCAGUGGAAGGCUAUGCGCGGGCGAGUCUGAGUCUGCCCAAACUGGAAUCUGCAAAGAGGUAUGUGCUGCUCGCUUGUGGCAAACCCCGGGUAGAGGCCUAUGCAAAGCUUUACGCAGAUAUGGUGCGGUUGGCCAAGGAGAGCGAAGGCACCACAACAGUUCUGGUACCCUUCACAGGGCAGGACGCAAAGGAAAUGUUGGGACGUGCAGACAUCACCAUCACAAGGAGCGGCGGCAUGACGGCAGGCGAGCUCUUGGCCUUGAGGACCCGCAAGGAGGAUCAGAAGCAGAUGCUGCUGCAUGUGGAGUCGGUCGCUGAUAAAAGGGCGACCAAGAUCUUGGCGAAACAUCUGCAGAAGAGCGAAAAGCAGGACGCCUUGGAGGCAGCUUUCGAGGAGUCGGCCCUGGAAGGCAUGGUGCCCUGGGAGGCUGGCAAUGCGCGCUACCUGAUGAAAGCCGUGGGUGCGAAGGUGGUCAUUCCAAAGAUCUUUGUGGCAGUUUUGAGGAACUCCUCUGCCCUGCCUUUCACUGUGGAUUGGACGACGCUUCUGCGCCGGCGUGGCUUUGGAUUAGAUGAAAUCGCCUUUGCAACAGCACCUCCCUCAGGCUGUGAGGCAGCUGUUUGCACACGCGAGUUUGAUGACUUGCCUUUGCCAGAGACUGUGGCUAAAGGGAACUCAUCGUGCCUCAGUGCCCUUCGCUAUUUCAACGGUCCAUCCCUGACUAGCAUCCACCUUCAUGCAGAUGCUGUUGCCAAUCGUCGGGGGCGAUUGAAGAACGGUCACAUGUGCAACGGGGCCUCCUUCAUGGUACGAAAACGGCCCGAACGCGUGGGAGCGUUCUUCUUCAACAUCGACUCUGCAGCACAAGCAGUUACCUCUUCUUGUGGUGGAAGAAUCAUGAAUUGCGGCGAUUUCGUCGUUCCUCAUAUAUUUUGACAAAUAUA